CUUGCUCCCCAUUGGUCGGCCUCCCCGUCAGGUGGGCCGAGAGGACGCCGAGGAAAAAUACUCCCCGAUUUGCUUAUCGGCGUGGAGUCAGACCAGAGGGCCGAUCUGCUUCCGGCUUGUUCUCCUGAGCACGUUUGGCUUUGGCAGAGGGGCCCGAGCCGGGACCAGCAGCAUGGGGGCGGGAGCCAGUGCCGAAGAGAAGCGCUCCAGGGAGCUGGAGAAGAAGCUGAAGGAGGACGCCGACAAGGACGCCAGGACCGUCAAGCUGCUGCUGCUAGGUGCUGGCGAAUCAGGAAAAAGCACAAUUGUCAAACAGAUGAAAAUUAUCCACCAAGAUGGCUACUCUCUGGAAGAGUGCCUGGAGUUCAUCUCGAUCAUCUACAGCAACACCCUGCAGUCCAUCAUGGCCAUCGUGAAAGCCAUGACCACGUUCAGCAUCAACUACGGCCACCCUGAUCAGCAGGACGACGCCAGGAAGCUGAUGCAUCUGGCAGAUACCAUCGAGGAGGGCACCAUGCCCAAGGAACUGUCUGACAUCAUCCUGCGCCUGUGGAAGGACUCGGGCAUCCAGGUUAGCUUCGACCGGGCCUCCGAGUACCAGCUGAACGACUCGGCAGGAUACUACCUGAACGACCUGGAGCGCCUGAUCCAACCGGGUUACGUGCCCACUGAGCAGGAUGUCCUGCGAUCCAGAGUGAAAACCACCGGCAUCAUCGAGACCCAGUUCUCCUUCAAGGAUCUCAAUUUCAGGAUGUUUGACGUAGGCGGCCAGAGGUCGGAGAGGAAGAAAUGGAUCCACUGCUUCGAAGGGGUCACGUGCAUCAUUUUCAUCGCCGCUUUGAGCGCCUACGACAUGGUGCUGGUGGAGGAUGAUGAAGUGAACCGAAUGCACGAGAGCCUGCACCUGUUCAACAGCAUCUGCAACCAUCGCUACUUCGCCACCACCUCCAUCGUCCUUUUCUUGAACAAGAAGGACGUGUUCGUGGAGAAGAUCAAGAAGGCUCAUCUCAGCAUGUGCUUUCCCGACUACGACGGUCCCAACACCUACGAGGACGCUGGUAACUACAUCAAGGUGCAGUUCCUGGAUCUGAACAUGCGCCGAGACAUCAAGGAGAUCUACUCGCACAUGACCUGUGCCACCGACACGGAGAACGUCAAGUUUGUGUUUGACGCCGUCACCGACAUCAUCAUCAAAGAAAACCUGAAAGACUGUGGCCUCUUCUGAAGGACCUUCACACACGAUCAUGUAAUAAUCCUCUCUGCGUAACACGACAUCUACCGAGGACAACAAAGUGUCCCCUCAAAACAUGUGUAACAAGUCGUAGCUUUGACUCCUGUGGACAGAACAGAGACUAAAACCCAGCAGAAUUCCCUCCAGUUGAGGUUUUGGAUUUUUGACUUUAGUGGAGCUAACUUGUCCUGGGAGGCUACGCAAAGUAUAGCAAAGAGUUUUCAAUCAGAAACUUCUCUCUCCGAGAUGCACAUACUGUAUGCACUUGGACCUCUGUUAGACUACUAAUGGCUUUGUAUGACAAUGGCGCAGAUUUGUCUUUUAGAUGUAAGAACGAUUUCAAAGUGAAGACGCGCAACACGGACGAGUGCUAAACAGGCCCGUGCCGACAUCAGCGCUGUGUCAAGCUCGACUCCGCUAUUAAAGCUUCUGUAGAGAACA